GUGAGGCUGCACUGUGACACGCACACACACGCACACGCACGCACGCACGCACACACACACACACACACGCACACACACACACGUGCAUGUGUCCAGUAAUCCUUUAACAUGCUCCCUUUUUGUUUACUAACAAUAUGAAGGCUAUAAGUCAUAUUCUUUUGAAUAUGAACCAAACUCCAUUCCAAAUCUCAAACGCAAAGUCCCUUGUUUUUUUUGUUUUUUUAUAUUUAUAUUGCACAACAGCUACAAUGCACGUUAUUGUAUAUGUUUUAUAGCAUCUGUCAUUGUAUAGUAGUUCUACUGCUACGCUGCAUGUGUCAAAUUUGAGAAUUGAAGAGGAUCAACACAGGUUCAUCUUACCCCUUGAGCCAAACUGCACCACGGGGAGACUGUGGAGGUGCUGGGAGAUAUGAAGGUGAGCGAGGAGCUGAUCAUGCACUCAUUUUUUUCCUCAAACUUUUCCACCACCUCGUGGAUGAAACCUCCACAGUAACAGGUGCCCUGGCCCUUCUCACUGAACAAACGCACGCCCUACGAGCACACAUCUUUAUACAUUUAACACCUGUGGUCCGAAUCAAGUCACAUUCUCCAGGAAACACUACGAUCGCCCACGGUGUCACCCGGACUCCCCCACAGGGGCUGGGCCUUUGGCCAGAGGCUAGAGGCUUUCAGCACCAUGGACAGAGGUCGUCCUCAAUCCAGCGUCGGCCAGCCAGUCCUUUCGUCUCCGCGUGAAGUUGAACAGGGGAGAACGCACAAUGAGGGGGAAAUACUUUCUCCUCGGCUUCUUGAUGCUCAAACUUAUGGCUCUGGUGUGCAAGGCCGACGGGGAGCCGGGGCUGCUCGGGGGAUUCGUCAUGAUCGCCACUUCCAACGGCUCCCGGGAGGAGGAGAGCGCGUCCGAGGAGACGCCGCACACCGAGGACAGGUGCCGGGGCUACUACGACGUGAUGGGACAGUGGGACCCGCCGUUCAUCUGCAAGACGGGCAACUAUCUGUACUGCUGCGGCACCUGUGGCUUCCGCUUCUGCUGCUCCUACAAGCACUCGCGGCUGGACCAGAGCACCUGUAAGAAUUACGACACGCCGGUGUGGAUGAAGACCGGGCAGACCCCCUACAACAAAAUGAACAAGCUGCACGACAGCACCAAAGACAAGACGAACUUGAUCGUUUACAUCAUAUGUGGAGUAGUGGCCAUUAUGGCGCUCGUGGGGAUUUUCACCAAACUGGGGCUGGAGAAGGCGCACCGGCCCCAGAGAGAAAACAUGUCCAGGGCCGUUGCCAGUGUGCUGCAGGGCGGGUGUCCAGGUGAGCAGUUUCGGGGGGAGGAGGCCCUAGGGAUGCAUUCGCAGCACUAUGUCUCCAAGACCACAAACCUUCAGGGUGGUCAGCUCAACAACAACAUGGGACCCGGCUUGAACAUGGGCCAGCAGCACCCUUACCCUGGCCUCAGCCAGCUGGCUCACGUCUAUGAACAGCAGCAACAGCAGCCACAGCAGCAGCAUCAUCAGCAGCAGCAGCAUCAGCAUCAGCAUCAGCAACAGCAGCAUCAGCAUCAGCAUCAGCAGCAGCAGCAGCAGCAGCAGCAGCAUCAAAAUAAAGAUCUCAACAAGUACGCCUCCCUGAAGGCUGUGGCUGCAAAGUACAACGGUGAAGUCUACAACAAACGUCGGCUAAUGGUGGAGCUGCCAACAAAGGGCGGCCUUCCUCUGCAGGCAAUGGGCAACUCCAGACCAUCUAUGGGCAACAUGUCGUCGAUGACUCCUCCGAUGACCAACAAUCCCAUGGCUUCAAAUGCCAUGAUCUCUAACUCCAUGAACCCCACCAUCACUCAGAUGACUUCAAUGACGUCUAUGACACCCAUGAGCUCAAUGACACCCAUGACAUCCCACACUCAGAUGUCCUCCAUGACCCCUAUGACUUCUUUGGGUCCACUGACUCCAGAGCCAGUGGCCACCUAUGUCACAGAGAUGCCCAGUAUCUCCUCCAUGUCAACCCUCCCAACAGAACGGCACAUAGCAGGUGGGGGACUUAAGCUGAACGGCCAGAAACCCAAAGGCAGCCACGGCCAUGCUGCCCACGGCUCUCACAGCUCUCACAGCUCUCACACUCAUGCUCACAGCCACAGUAGCAAGCCGCCAGGACUCGGGGCUACCUCCCUGGCACACAUGGCGGGGACCAUGCCAGGUGGCAUGUCCCUGGGCAUCUCCAGGCCUGCCCAGACCACCAUUGGCUCCAGCUCGCAUACAAUGGGCCGCCCAUUGGCAUACAGUUCGAACACAAUUGCAAGUGGGCAUGGGAUGGGGCUUGGGAUGAAGGGCUGGGACGGGACUGAGACGGUGGGCCGGAGGAAGAUCUACGGGCCCAAGAGGCCUCAGUGUACCGUACUGGAGCCAAACCAGCUCCACAGCACCAGAGGCCAAAGCCACAGCCAACACUUCCUCCCCACACAGCCCUACUUUGUGACCAACAGCAAGACAGAGGUGACUGUGUGAGAGGGGAGGAAAGGGAGAAAACAAAGGGGAAAAGGAUGCCUGAGGAGUGGUGGCACAAGUAAUCUCUGAGGGGAGACACCGACUCCUGGGGUGGUCACAAAGUGCAGAUCUAUGUGUGUGUUUGUGUGAAAAAGUUGAGGCUGGCAGUUGGUGUGCUGGUGAAUGUUGUGGGACAGUGACACUGUGUCUGAGUGUUCCUCAUUUUACAAACGAAGAGUUCACCAAUCAAAUCACUGAACAGACCUUUGUUGUCAAGAGGAUGGCAUCAAAGUGGGUGAUGUCCACAAAUCCGCAAAGAGCCAACAGAGCAGGGAUGCCUGUGCACGUGUGGUGAUGUAUCAGAAUGUUGUCUCAUGGAUAAUAUCUCUUCUGUAAUGAUAACAAUAUAUGAGCAUCACAUUACAUUGUGACUAUACACAGACACUGAAGUGGGGACCUGAGCUGAUGGAUUGGCUUUACUGUACAGACCAAUCCCUUGAAGCAACACAAAGGAUCAAGUGUAAAGCACCGAAGCAUCUUGGGUAAGAAGAAAUACAAAAAGUUUACCAACAAACCUUACCACAACAGUUUUGCUCAUCUGCCGAUCAAAGCGACGGAUGGUUUGGAAGGAACAACAUUCCCUCAUGAUUCAGCCCCCAUAAUCUACUGAGGGCUUUGAAACAGACGCACACGAUGAUGGCGCUGGGCUUUGGACUGCAGACAUGCAGGGCUUUGUACCGUGGCUAUUCAAAAUCGCCUUCAUAAGCUCUGCAGUUAAAGGUCGCCCUGUUCCGCGAGGCCCCGGCACAGAGAAUGGACGCUGUCGCACCAGCAUUGUUCUGUUCUGAUCUCGCCUGUGGUGGUGACAGCUGGCCGAGAGGAGGUAUAAGGAGGCAGGGAGACAGCAUCUGGAUGAUGCUGCUGCUGGCAGAGGCUCCAUUGAGCAUGACUCCCAUGCACACACAGAAAUGCACACAUUCAGAAACAUGCACAGACAGAAAAGCGUGAACACACACACACGGAUAUAUACAUUAUACAUAUACACUAGCAACACCACACACUGAUUGGUUUUUGAAGAAUGAUACCAAUCAUUUUUAGAUUUAAUUUGCAGACAGUUGAUAAUUUAUUUAAUUUGCGGAUAGUUGUUUUCUUUUCAUUUGCGAGUUUGCAUUCUAAAAAAUCUGUUCAGUGUUUCCCCAAAAUUCAGUGAAUUUAGGCCAUUGCAGAACUCCAGAACUGUCUAAUGAGACAUAAAUCUAACUUUCAGAGAUAUCAGAUGAGUCAGGGACCCACUUUAUCAUUUUAGGUAACGUACCAUUAAAAUACGUUUAAAUUGUAGUACUGAAACGGUUUGACGAUUUAGGAAAAAUGUUAACUUGCGUUCUUUAUGAGAUUCUGAGAAGAAUGAUACCACUCUGCCUAAAAUAUUUCUUAAGUGGACCAGAAGAUUUUGCUUUUCAACAUUUCAUUUCUGCACAGAUUGGGCAUUGAAAGCUCCACAUCUCUAGUUUUUGACGAAAGCAAAGAACGAUGGUGAAAAGUGGAUAAAAUAGGAAUAAUAAAAAAAAUUCCCACAUCCUUUGCUGGUAAUGAAAGACACUGCCACAAGAAACUAGGCUUAAUUAGAUCAAUUGCUAUUCUCAAGCUCUGGCAAAAAAACAAAAAAAAAAUCACUACCAGCUGAAAAAAAUGAAUAUCUGGGUUACAUGACUCACGUGUGAAAAUAAAUUCCUAAGACUAACAAAUAGGCCAAAUCUCCUGAGGGCUUCUCUGAGUUUAUUUGUCAAUGUAACUUUGUUAUCUGAAGUGCUUUGUCCACCUCUAAGAUCGCCUUACCACUUGGGUUUAGGAUGCAUUCAUUAAUUUUAUUAAUCAGACUGCAAUCAGACAUUUCUUGGCCACGUUAGAGUACAAAUGUGAAUCCACUCAAGACACGAUGAGGGAAGAUUAUGAUCUCAUCGUUUAACUGUAAACCAUCUGUGGAGGUCAUCAGUGAAGCAUUUAGUGUCAGUGCAAAUGUCAGAUAUGUCUUUUUGAAAUUUGUGUGCAGGUCCGAAUGAAACACAAGCUAACAGGUGAUGGGCUACUUAUCAACAAAGACAUUUGUAGAUAGACAGCAACCUUGACAAAUGUGUACAAUUUAUGUUUUAGAGCCUGUAAAGACGAAGAAGUGCACACGAGUGAGACACAUUGGAUUGCGGUGUUACUCAUGAAACUACUAGGCCAGCCGAGCGCAGGAUAAGAGGGUCUGCGGGGGG